AUGGUUCGGUAUACUGGGGAGGGCAGUGAAGCAAGACACCUGUUGAAUGACAGGGAGAUCUCUUGCCAAGAACUCUUUCGCAAAAAACUGACACCAAGCGAUGUCAGUGGGCUGAACAGGCUUGUCAUUCCAAAAAAAUAUGCUGUCGUGCAUUUCCCUCCUGUGAGAAACAUUCAUGCACAGGGCAUUUCAAAUAAACGUCAGGCGGUGGGCAUCCCAAUAAGGUUAAAGGAUAAAGGUUUCAAGACAUGGAACUUUACAUAUUGUUUUUGGAAAAGUAAUCAGAGUUUUGUGAUUACAAAAGGCUGGAAAGAAUUUGUUAAGGAGGCAAGAUUGAAGCCAAAGGACGUUGUUAUCUUUUAUGGUCCUCGAGAGGGCAAACUGGCUUCUAUAAUUGGUGUAGAGUGUAAUGACAGUGGAACAAGUGGUGGGUUACUUAGAAGUCAUGUGGGCCUGCAGCCUGAUCUGCAAUGUGAUUUUGAAGAUCAAGAUGGUGAGGAUGAAAGGGGGGGAAACGAGAUGAAAAAGGGGUUUAAACUUUUUGGUGUAGAGAUCAAGGUGGGCGGCGGAAAUGGAAAUGGAAAUGGAGUGUGA